AAGCCUACUCCAUCCAUCCAUCCAACUAUGUCGCAAACAGCCUUACCGGAACUCAGCUACACGCCUGGGGAUUUGACGGAGCCGCAGUACCGACUACCCUCACAUCAGCAGCUUCUUGACCAGAAGUGGGAUAACUCGGAUAAUCUUCAAUUAAGUCGCCUCACUUUGGACACGAGAGAUACGCAACCCAUUAAGUAUCGAGAGCAACUUGGUUCGGCGGCGGGGCGUCAAUUUCCCGCCUUGGCAGCGGCACAAAAUCGCUAUACAGAUCAUUUGGAGCGAAACAGUGAACUAAGCUUAAACGCUUUUGAUCCUGGCAAGGAUUUAAUCUCUCUACCCACGGUGGGUGUACGAAACUUGGACUCCGAUCCGGAUUUAAUCAAGAAAAUGCCACUGCACUCGAUCACAGAGAAGCCCAAUGAGCGAUGUCCAUCGCCGGUGGUUCCGGCUUACGCUAACUUCGAGCUGGCCAAACGGAUGCAUCAAGAUAAUCUAGAUCAUCAGCCGCUGCCCGAUUGUGUGGCUGAUUUGGCCAUUCGGCGGGCUCAAAUAUCCGGUGGUCAUGCGGGACUCGCUCUGGACAUCGAUCCCAUUGCCACCGGUGUGGGUGUUAAGACCCACAAUGCUGGACCCACUCAUUGCACUAAAAUGAAAGUCUUCCGACCGAAAACCGGUGGUGGCAUUGUGCCCAGAGCUUUGGGCAAUGGCGAUCCAUUUCGUGGUGUUGGCUCGGCACCGGCCAAGAAAAUGGGUCCCAUGGAUUUGGCCAUUUGCUGGGACUUUAAGCCAGCCAAUCCAGCAGAUGAGCCACGUCUGGCCAGGCAUAUAGAUGGCUCCAAUGACUCGGCUGGUCCGGCUGUUUUCACUUGCGUGAAAACACCGCGCGAAGAGCAAUCCUCGGAUUUGGGCAGAUCUGCUGGGGUCUUCACCAGUACACUUGGUGAAGCGGAUUUCUUUGACAAGGAUAUACUAAGGAAGAGAACGGACUUCGGUGGAGCUCGUUUGGAUCGCGAAGAUCCGUGUGCCUGUGACUAUUCACCGCCAACUAGGCAAAGAGCACGCAGUGUCUCCCGGGAUUCCAGUGCCUCGCAUUGCAGGCGAGGAUCUGGCAUUGGAGGCGGAAAUGGUGGCGUAAGUUUUGGCAACUUGGCUGAGUUACCAGGACGCGGAAUGCCCGAUCGACUGGCCAAGCAAUAUCAAUCGUCACCUCUACUGGGCGAUAAGGCAUAUCAGGCCUUGCGGGAGAAAUAUCUGGGACCAGAUUCUGGACAAGAUUGUUCAGGCAUGGAGUGUAGGCCAACGGGAGGACCUCCGUGCAAGCGAGAUGUUCUACUGCGGCGCCCAGCACGUCGUCUUUGCCAUAAGGUUGCCCCAGCUCCGCGUUGCUGUCCACCAUCGUUCGGUGGCCAUGGACAUGGUCAUUGCCUGACCAGCAAGGCAGCCUUUCGAGCCGGAGUACCCAAGCACAAUGCUUCUGGGGAUUUUGUGGGCAUAGAACCGGGUUGUGGAGGUGGUGGUGGAGGAAGGGUAUUGGUAGUGCCACGUCCCCGACAGCCAUAUUCGAAAAAGAACUACGAUAUCGAAACCCUAGUGCCGCCAUUCCAAAGUCAAGCCGGCGGAGCUGGACAGGGAGGCUAUCCAGAGCACUGGCGUUUGGCCAGUGUCUAUCAGCAUGCCUACAAACCGAUCGAUCAGCGAAGGCGACCUCUCCUUCAAACUGUCUAUAAAUAG